UUUUACAGGAAUGGAGGAGGGUGAAAUGGCUCUCGAUACCUGUAUCGGCCUCGCUUACGAUCCUGCUCUAGAAUGGCCUGGAGAAUCCUCAGCAUCCAGGGAUGAUACACUGACAGGUCAUUCUACGAGUCACGAACCAUCAAAGAGCCUUCCCUGGCUCCCACUUCGUCUCUUGGUACAGCGAACCUCCAUCUUACCGAAGAAUCGCAAGCUUGCCGUACUAGAUGCUUAUGGAGAGGCCCAGUUUGGCCGGGAUGUUGCUCCCGCAGGCAGUGAGACGCCCCGCGUUCGGCUUAAAGAGAUGGAGGUCUCUAAGCUGCAUGCGACGGUGUACUGGGAUAAACAAAGGCGGGAGUGGUCGAUUGUAGACAUGGGCUCAAAACAUGGAACAUUCCUCAAAUCUAGUCAAGAUCCAUCACAAGUGGAUAAGGAGGGAGUACGUCUGUCCCCUCCUAGAGUUGCCAGCGUUCCUCGUCGCCUGCGACAUCUUGACCUUGUAACGAUUGGCAGUACAAUGUUUCUUGUCCAUAUCCAUGAAGAUCAUAAGCCGUGCUUCGAAUGCUCUUCGAGUGGUACGGAAGAUAUCCCGCUAUUCAAUGCCCCAAAGGACAGCAAACAAAUCUCUCUCAAACGUUCUCGAGAUCUAGCCAUCGUAGAGAGCGAGAGCGAGAGACAGGAGCCUAGAGACCCGAAGAAAGCACUAACCAUGCUGAAGCGCAGUUUGCUCAUGCGUCAUAAUGACAGCACAAAUUCUUCCAAAUCUGCUCGCUCCGCAGCAGCUGGUUACGUUGAUCGAUCCGCUCGUCGUCGUUCAGUUCACGGAUCUGGGGUUGAUGCUCCUGGUGUUCCAAGUUCAAGGAGCGGAUCUCCUGGAGUCACACCGCCUUUCUAUGGUGUGUCUCGCGAGGGGUUGCCGUCACUUCCGGUGUCCAUUGCAGAGAAGUCGCACUCGCCUACCCCACUACCCGAGACUAAUAUUGGGCAUCGUCUUCUUAUGAAACAAGGUUGGCAGCCAGGUACAUCUCUCGGUAUCUCAUCGGAGGGAGACUCCCCUGGGCUAGUCGAACCCCUUGAAGUUAUCUCAACGUCAAACAGGGCGGGACUUGGUAUGCCUGCGCAAGCUGUUUCUCAGUCCGAAACAACCACCAAUUGGAAGGAGCAUGCAAGACAGAGACGGUGGGAUGCUCUUAGACCGGUACAGUAGAUCCGGUGUUUUUGAUUGUCGACACAAGGUGUCGUAUGACUGGGACACCGUACCUGUGAUGAGACCGACUCGGGGGUGGCUGACGCAAGAAAUGCCGACAUUGCCUCGUAAAAGUGCUUCCCCGCCCCCUUCGCUCGCAGGGCAGAGCCGCACCCCGCCCUCUGUGGGACAACGGAGAUAACGAGGAAGCCUUGCGAGUAACCGUAAUUUCGUUAACAUCCUGAGAGAGCAUCGCAGUUCGGCCAAUAGGCAACUCAGAGAUUCGUAGCAUAGGGUUCAGAAGAGCUUCUGAAUGAUGGACUGAUGCGCGUGUUGAUAGAUUACGAUAUUUUUGUAUUAUUUUGAGUACAAUAGUGUAGCUUUGUAUUUUCCAGAAAUGUAUAUUAGGUAAGGAACGCGUCGCGACGCGUCGCCAGAGACGCGACGCGAUUGUUUUGACAAGCU